AUGGCGACGCACAACAUUGUGGUGUUUGCUGGCGACCACUGCGGUCCUGAGGUCGUCGCUGAGGCUGUCAAGAUCCUUAAGACGAUCGAGGCCAACAGCCCCUCGGCCGGCAAGUUCAACCUGCAGGAGCACCUCCUCGGCGGUGCCUCCAUCGACGCUACUGGCUCCCCGCUCACCGACGAGGCCCUCGCCGCCGCCAACGGAGCCGAUGCCGUCCUCCUCGGCGCCAUCGGCGGCCCGAAAUGGGGCACUGGCGCCGUCCGCCCGGAACAGGGCCUCCUCAAGCUUCGCAAGGAGAUGGGCACCUACGGUAACCUCCGCCCCUGCAGCUUCGCCUCCGAGGCCCUCGUCGACUUCUCUCCCCUCAAGGCCGAGGUCUGCCGCGGCACCGACAUGGUCAUCGUCCGCGAGCUGACGGGCGGCAUCUACUUUGGCGAGCGCAAGGAGGACACGGGCGACGGCAAAGCGUGGGACACCGAGCCCUACUCGCGCGAGGAGGUCGAGCGCAUCGGCCGCCUGGCCGGCUUCCUCGCCAUUGCCCGCGGCGAGAAGACGGUGUGGAGCUUGGACAAGGCCAACGUGCUGGCGACGAGCCGCCUGUGGCGCAAGGUCAUCACAGAGCUGUUUGAGCGCGAGUUCCCCCAGCUCAAGAUUGAGCACCAGCUCAUCGACUCGGCCGCCAUGCUGCUCGUCAAGAGCCCCCGCGCCCUCAACGGCGUCGUCGUCACGAGCAACCUGUUUGGCGACAUUAUCUCUGACGAGGCGAGCGUCAUCCCUGGUAGCAUCGGCCUGCUGCCCAGUGCCAGCCUGAGCGGCAUCCCCGACGGCAAGGGCAAGUGCAACGGCAUCUACGAGCCCAUCCACGGCUCCGCCCCCGACAUCUCCGGCAAGGGCAUCGUCAACCCCAUCGGCACCAUCCUCUCCGUCGCCAUGAUGCUGCGCUACUCCCUCAACCUGCCCAAGGAGGCCCAGGCGGUCGAGGACGCUGUCAAGGCUGUCAUUGACAACGGCGUGAGAACAAAGGACCUCGGCGGCAGCGCCGGCACUAAGGAGGUCGGUGACGCCAUCGUUGCGGAGCUGGCCAAGGCCCUGAAGGCAUGA